CUCUCCACUCUUCUUCUUCUAAUACCACUUGUGCGUACUGCAUUGCAUCCACAUUCCACAUUCCACAUUCCACAUCCUGCAUCUUACUGAACGUCCAAUUAGCACUCGUCUUAGGCAUUCAAUUCCGACCGCUGCCCUGCCGCCUGCAUACAUACACAUACCUCAUUGUCAUACCCCGCGCUGCGAUAAGAUCAAUCGAUCGAUCAGUCAAUCAAUCUAUUCUAAAGAUUACAAGAAAAAUGUCCAUCCAACACAUCACAAAAGACACCACCAAGCGCAGACGCUUCCAGCCUCCUAUCACCUCAUUCUUCUCUGCCCCAGCUCCUACCGCGAACGUUAACGAUGAUGACGAUAACGGCGCUACACCCCGUGUCUCUCACUACCACUACUCUGCUGCUACCUGCUCGUCUACACCCGUCGUCCCUGCGAAGGUGCAGUCCUCGCUGCUGAGCGUUGGUAUGCGCGUCCGGAAAUCCGUUGCGGAGGGAUACAAGACGCAGAAGGAAUUGGAGAAGCAGUUGACCGCUGCAAUCACCCCUACUGCAACUGCCAAUGGUGCAAACCAUGCGGAACUACCGCCCUUCUGCGGAUACUCGAAGACUGAGGAUCUGGCCGUGCAGGCGUUCUCGCGUCCUUCUGCGAUGAAUGAGCAUGACCCCGUCACUGAUGAAAAUGACGCUUAUUCGCUCCCGUCGAGUAGCCAGGGAUCGUUUACCUCGUCGUUCAACGGACAAAAGCGGCCAUAUGACUCUGAUGACAUGGACGAUAAUGAGUUUGAGGAUUCUUAUGAUGCCUCGCAUCGGACUAUUCUUGUGCCUUCGCUGGGACAGCAGAGACGGCGGUUUAUUCCGUUGAAGAACCACAACCGGGUUUCUGGGCAGAGUAUGGAUGUUGACGACUUUGAGGAGGCGACUUUUCUGCGCCGCCGGGAGGAUGUUGAGAUGGAUGGAUAUUAAUCCAGUUCAUUGCUGGUCGAAUGCGCCAGCUUGUUUAUUCCUUUCUGCUUUCGUCUUUUUCACGCCUCUUUAUAACGCUUUAACUUCUGAUUUCUAUGGAUGGGAUAUGUCGAUAUAAUGAUUCUCAGCGUUGUGUCACCGACUGGUUUCGGUGAUGAGAUUGGACUUAUGUCUAUCUUGUUUAUUUGCUUCUGGUAUAUGCUUAUUAUGGAGGACAUUUCUGGCGAGAUUGUACAAUACCCAAGGAUAUUGGUUUUGUUUUAUUUGGGCUAUCAUUACUUUGUAUUUAUGGAUCAGGAACUCAGGACUGCCAUCUAUCUAUCGUGUUGCGUAGCCAUCACCACUUAAGUAUUAAUAAUACUGAGUACUAUAAUUAUCUGAUU